CAAUGACACCGCUCGACAACUGGUGACGACCCGUGGUAUUUUUAUUCUGAUUGUAUGAUGAGAUUAUCCUGCUUUGGUGUUGGUGAAGUUUGGCUCAGUUGCUGCUGGUGAUGCGAGAGGCUGUGCGCGAAAUGAUUCUGUUCAUCUUGCUGAGUUUCUUCCACGUACAAGGGGCUCUUGCAGGGCCUCACACACUGAUCUAUUACUACACCCUGAACCACAGGAGUACUCAUCUACAAGAAUAUAGUGUCGUGGGUGUUCUGGACGGUUGUGAGAUACAGUAUUAUGACAACAACAUGGUCAUUACAGUCCCAAGACAGAAAUGGAUGGCGGCUGCAUUUGACCGGAGGUACUGGGUAACAAAUACGUUGUCUGAAACCGGUUUCCAUGGAAUCAUCAAAGGGCAAGUCGAUGAAUGGAUGCAGAGGCAGAACGAAACAGCAAAUUAUCACUACGUUCAAGGUCAGUUUGGUUGUCAGGUGAACGAUCACAGUCCCAAUGUAGGGAUAUUGAAGUUGGCUUUUGAUGGAAGAUAUGCAUUUAGUUUUGACAAGGACAAACUAAAGUGGACGGUGCAUGAUCCAAUAGCUGAACCCUUCAAAGAGAAAUGGGACAAGAAUGAAAAAAUGAACCGUUAUUUCAAGAGCUUGUUAGAACAUGACUGUGUGGAUCUAUGGAAUACAUACUAUGCAAUUGGAAAGACAUACCUGACCAGAAAAGUUUCCCCUGAGGUCACACUCGCUGCCCGCACUGAUGAUCAUUCAAUCCUGUACUGCACUGUGUUUGCAUUUUACCCACCGGCCAUCAAUGUCAGCUGGUUGCAGAAUGGUCACCAUGUCUUUGAGACCAAAUCUUCUGGGGUCAUACCCAACAACGAUGGAACAUAUCAUCUCAAGUCUGUCCUUGAGUAUGAUCCGUAUGAUGGGAAACAGUAUUCCUGUCAUGUUGAUCACAGCAGCCUGCCCGGUGGGAAGACUAUCAUCUGGGAAGGAAAUAGGAAGAAAGACAGGCACAUUGGCCUUAUUGCCGUGUGUGUGCUGAUAUUGCUGGCUAUUGGCUUGGCAGUAAUUGUUUGGUGGAGAAAAAAGAGGAGAGAUUAUCAAAAUAUUCCACCAAACCAGAACGUGCCCUGCUAACCUAUCGCUGAAUAGAAGAUUUCAUUGAUGUGUUUGAAAUGCAGGAUCUGAACUAUAUGGAAAGAGUUAAAUUAAAUUUACUAAACAUGACAGUAUUUCUUAAUAGACUGUCCUGCAUUUGUACAAGUUAGCGCUAUGUUGCAAUUUUUGCUGAUCACAGCUGAUCUGACUUAGGCCUCAACUCCUUUACUGUACUUCUUCCACAUAGGAUACUUUUACAAUAUAACCUAUUUCUCUUUAAAUAUCUCCAAUGUUCUAACUUCCUAUGUGUCAAAAUGCAGCUUCUCUGCAAAAUGGUUGACCUGUCUAUGCUAUGUUCUCCAAUGUAGAAGAGGCCACAUUGUGUACACUGAGUACAGUGGACAUGGUUGGACGCGGUGCAGCUGAAUAUCUGUUUUACAUGGAACUGUCUUCUCCCUUUGUUUCCAUUUUCCACCACACAUUAUCCACCAAUUCACCACCCCAUCAUGCCUCUUUAAUACCUUCAUAAGGUUAACUUUGAUUUUUGUCAACUCCAAGGAAUACGGAGCCAAUGAUUUCAGCCAUUCAUGGUAAGGCAACCCUUGCUUAUUCCAAGAAUCUCUUCUAGCUGAUAUCCAAUAUUAAUAUGUCCUUUCUAAAAUCUGAGAACGAAACUGUACACAGUGCUCCUGAUAUGUCCUUAACAACGUCAUGUACCAUAAUUACAAUUGUAACCUACUUUAAACGGCAAUGUGCUAAUCACCUUCUACGUUGUGUGCUGCAUCUACCUGCUGGCUUUUGUAUUUUCACCUUAAGCAUUUGAAUCUCUUGUACUCCACUCAUUUGCAAUCUCGCUCCAUUUAGAUAAUAGCUUCCUUUGAAUUGCUCUUACCAAAGCAUGUGAGCACAUAUUUUCCAUUAUUAAACUCCAUUUGCCAGUUUUAUGUUCUCCUAACAAAGAGUCAUGGAGCCAUAUAGCA